GCGCAGGCGCUUUGAGAGACGGUGAAGCCGGUGGCCGGUGCCCGGGCGGGACCAACAAAGAUGGCGGCGGCCCCUGCGGCGGGAGCGAUCUGGGAAACAGCUGCAGCUGAAGCUGCAGCCAGGCCCGCGGGGGGGCUGCACAGGGGCAGUAGGGGGUGGCCCUGAGCUGGGGCCUGGCCCCCAGCUGGCCUCCCCCGCCGCCUCACCGGGGGACAGGUCCAGCCUGUGGUGUCCACAAUGCCCCAGGCCUCUGAGCACCGCCUGGGCCGGACCCGAGAGCCACCUGUUACUGUCCAGCCCCGAGUGGGAUCCAAGCUACCAUUUGCUCCCAGGGCCCGCAGCAAGGAGCGCCGCAACCCAGCCCCUGGGCCAAACCCCAUGUUACGACCUCUGCCUCCCCGGCCAGGUCCCCCUGAUGAACGGCUCAAGAAACUGGAGCUGGGACGGGGACGGACCUCAGGCCCUCGUCCCAGAGGCCCCCUUCGGGCGGAUCAUGGGGUUCCCCUGCCUGGCUCACCACCCCCAGCUGUGGCUCUGCCUCUCCCGUCCCGGAGCAACUUAGCCCGGUCCAAGUCUGUGAGCAGUGGGGACUUGCGUCCAAUGGGGAUUGCCUUGGGAGGGCACCGUGGCACUGGAGAGCUGGGGGCUGCACUGAGCCGCUUGGCCCUCCGGCCUGAGCCACCCCCUUUGAGACGUAGCACUUCUCUCCGCCGCCUCGGGGGCUUUCCUGGACCUCCCACCUUGCUCAGCAUACGGACAGAGCCCCCUACGUCCCAUGGCUCCUUCCACAUGAUAUCUGCCCGGUCCUCUGAGCCUUUCUACUCUGAUGACAAGAUGGCUCAUCACACACUGCUUCUGGGUUCUGGUCAUGUUGGCCUCCGAAAUCUGGGAAACACGUGCUUCCUGAAUGCUGUGCUACAGUGUUUGAGCAGCACUCGGCCCCUUCGGGACUUUUGUCUGAGAAGGGACUUUCGGCAAGAGGUGCCUGGAGGAGGCCGAGCUCAAGAACUCACUGAAGCCUUUGCAGAUGUGAUUGGUGCCCUCUGGCACCCUGACUCCUGCGAAGCUGUGAAUCCUACCCGAUUCCGAGCUGUCUUCCAGAAAUAUGUUCCUUCCUUCUCUGGAUACAGCCAGCAGGAUGCCCAAGAGUUCCUGAAGCUCCUUAUGGAGCGGCUACACCUUGAAAUCAACCGACGAGGCCGCCGGGCUCCACCAAUCCUUGCCAAUGGCCCAGCUCCUGCUCCACCUCGCCGAGGAGGGGCUCUGCUAGAAGAACCUGAGUUAAGUGAUGAUGACCGAGCCAACCUAAUGUGGAAGCGUUACCUGGAGCGAGAGGACAGCAAGAUUGUGGACCUGUUUGUGGGCCAGUUGAAAAGUUGUCUCAAGUGCCAGUCCUGUGGGUAUCGCUCCACGACCUUCGAGGUUUUUUGUGACCUGUCCCUGCCCAUCCCCAAGAAAGGAUUUGCUGGGGGCAAGGUUUCUCUGCGGGAUUGUUUCAGCCUUUUCACCAAGGAAGAAGAGCUAGAGUCGGAGAAUGCCCCAGUGUGUGAUCGGUGUCGGCAGAAAACACGAAGUACCAAAAAGUUGACAGUACAGAGAUUCCCCCGAAUCCUCGUGCUCCAUCUGAAUCGCUUUUCCGCCUCCCGAGGCUCCAUCAAGAAAAGUUCAGUAGGUGUAGACUUCCCGCUGCAGCGACUGAGCCUAGGGGACUUUGCCAGUGACAAAGCCGGAAGCCCUGUAUACCAGCUGUAUGCCCUCUGCAACCACUCUGGCAGUGUGCACUAUGGCCACUACACAGCUCUGUGCCGGUGUCAGACGGGCUGGCAUGUCUACAAUGACUCUCGUGUCUCCCCUGUCAGUGAAAACCAGGUGGCAUCCAGUGAGGGCUACGUGCUGUUCUACCAACUGAUGCAGGAACCACCCCGGUGCCUGUGACACCCCCUUUGAGCCCUGGCACCUGUGAAACCCUUUCAACACCCUUAAUCCCCAGGCUCCCCACUUACCUCAGAGACGUCUAUUUUUGUGUCUUUUUAACCGGGGAGGGGGGAG